GGUCCACAUAGUCAGGCCAUUGUGGAACAGGUUUACGCUCAUUCUCGGGCGGCAGUAAGGCGGGCGAGACCAUUAUGGGCGAGACCGAUUAACGGAUCCGUACCCGGAAGUGGGUGGUUGAGUCACCGACUGGUCACUACAGAUACUGCCUGCUGGGAUGAGGCAAAGAACCGGAGAAUCGCAGAGAUUGAUAGAAAUCUGAGAAACCGAAAAUCUCAGCCACAAUUGAUCACACUAAAACACACGGCGCUGCCGUAUUAUUAAUUACCUUGGCAUAAACGGUAGAAAUAACACCUCGCCAAAAUGAUGGAAGAGAUACCGGUAGAUAGAUUUCAGGUGCCUAGCGCUGUUCAGGCGGAGAUGCAGCCGCUUGACCCGGCAUCGUCCACGGCUUCUUCGGAGGCAGACUCAGACACGAGGGAGGGCGAGCCAGUCACUAUUAACUACAAGCCCUCUCCUCUGCAGAUGAAGAUAGAGAAACAGCGAGAGCUGGCCAGGAAGGGAUCACUGAAGAAUGGCAAUGCAGGAAGUCCAGUGAACCAGCAGCCCAAGAAGAACAAUGUCAUGGCCAGAACACGGCUGGUGGUGCCCAAUAAGGGCUACUCCUCCUUAGACCAGAGCCCUGAUGAGAAGCCCCUGGUGGCCCUAGAUACAGACAGUGACGAUGACUUCGACAUGUCCAGAUACUCCUCAUCGGGAUACUCCUCAGCCGAGGUGAGAUGUGUGAGGGACCAGCAAAUCAACCAGGACCUGAAUAUCCAGCUGUUGAAGGAUGGUUACCGGCUGGACGAGAUCCCUGACGACGAAGACCUGGACCUGAUCCUGCCCAAAUCUGUCAACCCCACCUGCAUGUGCUGCCAAGCCACCUCCUCCACCGCCUGUCAAAUCCAGUAGCCCACACAUCUGCUGUGAGUUUACUCUGCCAUUAGAGUGGCAACAGAGAGCAUUUAUAGAAUAUGAUAAUUAUAUGGAAACAAAUAAUCAACUUAUCAGGCAGAAAGUUAAAUGUAAAAAGAAAAAAUAGAAAAAGAGGAAAAUUAAGACAAACACAAAAAUGUUCAAAUACGACUAACAGUGAUUACUUCCUCCUAUGGUAGGACACGCACUUCUGUUUGAGAUCGGGGAGGAGACACACUAGUCUAGGCCUCUCUGAUGCCUCUUCCUGGUCAAUAUUGUGUAAUACAAGCGAAAAUAAAAACAAGGUAAUUUGAUUUAAAAUGUAAUUUCCAUGUCCCUAAAUAGGAAAUAUUAUCUUAACUACUGGUGAUAACGCUGCUCUGCUUACUUGACUUCGUCAUAUUUAUUGCGUUUUAUUUAGUUCAUUUUUGUAGUUAUAUACUUUUUAUUUGAAGGAUCUGUAUGAUUGUAUGUAAUGGGGUGUGUUGUAAAGAUUUAAUAUCUGAUACUGUAAUUUGGUACUGAAAGCAGGGUUGUGUAGCACCGGCCUGGUCCAUGGACUCAUUCAGUCUACCUUGACACUCUUGCCCUGUUUCUUAUUGUACUGGUUGGAGGUAUUUAUGGUUUUUAGGAAUGAAUGCAAUGCAAAGGGAUGACGUUCAUGAUGAGCACCUACUGUAAAGGGAUUGGGAAAUGUAUCUGAAUUGGCUGUUUGUUCCCACAUCUUACUACUGCACACUCUGCUACUUUGUCCAUUCUUCAUUGAUUUAUCACUUUUGAAUGUGUUAUUCUUGCACAUUUGAGUUUGGGUUCUAAGGUAAUAUGUGUACGGUGAUUAAGGUGAUUGCUAAUCUGCGAUGACCCUUAUUCAAGAGGAUGAUACAGCACUCUGUAUCAUUGGACUCAUUCUACAACACAAUACUUUUCCAGUUUGCUUACACAACUCAUCCCAGUAGAGGCCAAAGGGAACAAGUGGUUUUGUUAAGUAAAAGUACAAGCCAACUUUAGAUAGCUUUUUAGAUACAGCCUGUUGACAUCCUACCAUGCCCCUCCCACAAUGUGUCUAACUAACCACUCCUGCUAUCUUGAUUGGCACAAUCAUUCUAAAUAGUGUCAAUAGAGCAGACACACACAGCAGGGGGUGGGGUGCAGUUUAUUUUCCUCUCGUGAUUGGUUGGGAAGUGAUCUAAGGAUCAUAAGUAUCAUUAACUUUGAGUACUAAUCCCUCACGGAGUCCUUCACUCAAACACCUCUGAGUUGAUUUGCGAUUAGAGUAUGCCUUAAAGUAAAGAAUAUUCAAACAAAAUGUGUGUAUUUAUUGCCAGUCUCAUGACCUAAUGUAUUUUAAAGGAAUUUGCAGUAUGAAUGUAUGCAUUUAAUUUUUUCAUUUAGACAGGUGAUUAUUAUUUAUUUUACUAUUGUGUUCUCAUGUAGACACUUACAUUCUAGUAUUUAACAAUGUUACUGUCCUGUGUAGUGUAUAAUAUCAAUAAACACAAAGCCAACUGAA